AGGACAUAUCUGCAGAUCAGGAGGGAAUCUACACAUGUGAAGUCAAUGAUGCUGAAGAGACAACAAUAAGUCUCAGAUCUGUGAUGAUUCAUAAAGGUACCUCAGGAUCUAGUUUAAGAAGAGUCAUUGUAGUCACUGUCAUUAUAGCAGCAGCAGUAGCCUUCAUAAUUUAUACAUACAAAAAAGUUUUAGAAUUUUUUGCCGUUAUUGUAGCAACUUUGUUUGUUGCUAUUAUGUUUAAACUACUAGCAGCAGUGGUCGUUAAGAUGUAUGGACGAGGAAGAGGUAAAAUGCCCCCCACCUGUCAGAACUCUGCACCCCAUCUGUGGGGUGCGCUACACACUUUCAUAAUCACUGCCCCAGAGCAUCGAGAACAACGACGAAGAGACAGCAAAAAGGAUACUGCUAAACUUCAGCUAAUAGGAAAUGGAAGCUCUAAAACCAUCCAAGCACGCCCCGGUAAAUGCACUGCUUUGGUCCGGUGUGUAGUUCUGUGACUGCAGUGAAGACGUCGAUCCCUCUGAACUCUGCUGAGUUUUGGCUCUCUGCUCAGUAAAGCACAAACUUUCAUGAGUGAAAAACCUGCUGAUGACGACCUCAAAUCAGUGACUUGGAGCCAUCAAAAACUGAAACGUGCACGUACCCAGGGCUGUGCAGAGAUGUUUAAAGGGGCAGUGCUCAAAGUUAAAAAAAGGGGCAUACAG